UUUCUUUCCCAUUUGUGGAUGCUUCCUCUUCCUUUUGCUUCCCUCCCAUUUGCAGGGAAAGCGGCGUCCGCUCUCUCUCUCUCCAUCCAACCACGUAACCCAAUAGAGAAAGAAGAGAGAGAAAAUAGAGGAUUUAGAAAUCUGAGGAGCCAAUCGCGUCGCUCCAUUGCCGGGCAUUUCUCAGGAAAGAGAGAUGGCAAGAGAGAAGAUUCAGAUCAAGAAGAUCGACAAUGCGACGGCAAGGCAGGUGACGUUCUCUAAGAGGAGGAGGGGGCUCUUCAAGAAGGCGCACGAGCUCUCUGUAUUGUGCGAUGCGCAGGUCGGAGUCAUCAUCUUCUCCGCCACCGGCAAGCUCUUCGAGUACUCCAGCUCCAGCAUGGAAGAUAUCGUUGACAAGUAUUUUAUGGAUUCAAAGAACCUUCAAAAAGAAGAUUCACCAUCUCUUGAAUUGCAUAUGGAAAACAGGGACCUCAGUUGGUUAAGUGCGCAAGCUGCAGAAUUGACCCAUAUAAUAAGGCAGAUGAGGGGAGAGGAACUCCAAGGAUUAACAAUCCAACAUUUGCAAAAGCUGGAGAGUACUCUUGAAUCAGGGCUAAGUCGUGUCCUAUCAAGAAAGGGCGAGGUGCUCAUGAAGGAGAUUGAUGACCUUCAAAGACAGGAAAUGAAACUAAUGGAGGAGAAUGCAAGGCUAUCUCAGCAGAUUGAGAGGAUGAAGACUACAACAGAGAUGCAGCAGCAGCAAGGCAUGGUCGUCGAUUCGGAGGGGCAGUCAUGUGAGUCCAUGACCAACACCAACAACUCUGGUCCUUACAGUGACAGUUCUGACACUUCCCUCAAGCUGGGGCCAAUUCCCGAUCCGAAACGCCGCUUCACCGAUCCGGAUGGGUUUUUGGGGUGCCUGAUUCUCGAUCCGAAAUGCCGAUUCACCGAUCCGGAUGGGUUUUUGGGGUGCCCGAUCCGUGACACCAAUCCGUUUGUUAAACCACUGGCUUAAAGCGCCAUUCACAGUAAGUAAUGGCGAGAAGUGCCUUGGAUCCAACAGCGUGGAGUCUUGACUAGCAGAUGUGUUCUUGGCAUUACCAUUAGAAGAGUGUUUGCUGGAAAGAUAUAAGUCCCAGCCGUAGUCAUGUCCACAGUAGCAUGGUUGGAGGAGAAGAAAGAAGGGUCCGGAGGUUUGGGUUCAGCCAUUGGAGGAUCAUCACCAUAGCUGCACUAUGUUGUAGGUGCAGUGAGAGUCACGCAGGUCCACAACCAUGGCUGAACUCAGUCACCAUGCUUUCUCCAGUCACAUAUAAGCUGUUACCUUCUACAAACCUCAAAGCAGAUUUAACAAUGGAGAUAAGAGAUGAACAGCUCAAGGUCGAAAUGAAAAUGGAAAGUAGAAAAGUUUUCUUCUACUACUGUCUCAUGUGCUUCUGCAUGGUGAUUCAACGAGAAUACGAGAAUUAUCAGCACUAUUUUGCAAACUCAUGUAAUUAUUGGAAAAAAAUACUUGCAAAAAAUACUCAUGUGCUUCUCAUGUGCUAUUUUGCAAAAAAUACUUGCAGCCUUAUUAACACAUGCAUGGCCUGGUGAAGUUCCCCCUUCCCUCCAACACUGCAAUGACUAUCAGUGACCAGGAACGUUGAUGUGAUUAACCCUUUAUUUUUUUCUUCUCAUGGGUACUUAAUCUUUAGUAGUUCAGUAGUAGGAAUCGAACUUGAGAUGUAUCAUUACUUUUUUGUCUCUUGGUCACUUGGCUUCCUCAGUGUUUACGUUGUUACAACAUUGGUUAUACAUUUCAACUGUCAUUAAACUAAUCUAUCCCUCAUUCCUAUCGGAUGGAUAAAUUCA